GGUGAUGGAAAAAAAAAAGAGAAAGUUUCAAAGAUGGCGGAGUAGCCCUGCCUGUCCGCUGAAAAACAAUAGAAACAGCACAGUAGGGACAGAGUUAGCCCGUUCUAACUGGACGAAUCCGCGCUAAAAACCGUACAUAUCCCGACUCGGGCUCGACCAAGUGGGGGAGGAACACCCGUGCCGGGAACCUCGGCAGGUAUAAACAAAGUAUGAUGCUUUAUUUAAGCGUUUCAGGCUAGCUACCUAGCCCGCUAGUCGAGCUAACGUUAGCCCGUCCAACCAGAAACGGUAGCCGUUAGCAGCUAGCGGCUAACGGCUACAAGGAGGUGGAGGAUCAGCUGUUUGUAGACAGAUGCUGUAGCAAGGAGCGGACAGCAACGCUUUCACAUCUUUUAUUGAUGAUGGCGGAUUUUGUUACACCGCGACACAGCGCGGUGAUGGAGAGGCUCCGCCGGAGGAUCGAGCUCUUCCGGCAGCAUCACAACAGCUGCGAGAGCCGCUACGAGAACGCGACGCUGGAGCGGCUGGAGCUGGAGAGGCAGCAGACCUUCGCCCUGCACCAGCGCUGCCUGCAGGCCAAGGCCAAGCGGUCCAACAAGCACCGGCAGCCCCAGCCCAGCAGCGGGGACCAGGCCGGGCAGAGAGCGCCCGGUGGCGGCGGCGGUGGAGGUGGCGGAGGCAGCAGCGCAGAUCUCGGGGAGGGCGGAGGGGGCACCGCGGCGGAGCAGAGCCGGAACAGCACCCUGAUCGCGCUGCAGGAGACGGUGAAGAGGAAGUUGGAGAGCGCCGGAUCUCCACUGGGCCGAGACCAGGUCAACGGUUUCAGCGAUGGCUUCCCCCCAAACAAGAAGGCGUGUCUGGACAACGGCACCGCCAACGGCUCGCCGCUGGACUCCAAGCUGGGGAUCAGCGACUCUCUGAACUCCAACGGGACCCACGGGCCGGCGGGCGAGAAUGUGGACGGCGGCAGGGAGCCGGCGUCAGACUUCCAUCGCAAGGAGAUGAAGCAGGAGCCGGACGACAUCCUGCCCAUCAUGCCCCCGUCGGGCGGGGGGGGCAACAGCCUGUUCCCUGACCUCAACCUGAACGAGCAGGAGUGGACGGAGCUGAUGGAGGAGCUCAACUGCUCUGUGGUCUACGAGGACAUCCAGGACAUUCUUAACGACGGCUUUGAGGACCGCAAAGACCCUCUGGAGCUGGCGCCGACUCCCGGGGGUGCUGGAGGCGGGGGUGGGGGCCCGGCGUCGCAGGGUCUGCUUCCUCCAGACCUGGCCAGCGUUAAGACGGAGUUCUCCCCGGCCUCCGUGGCUUUCGAGCAGGACUCUCGCACCGGCUCCCCCCACGUCAGAUCCACGUCCUCGGGGGCGCCUCCUCACCCCACCAGCUCCCCUGUUGCAUCCUCCUCUGCAUCCUCACCCGCUCUGCCGCCCUCCCAGCCUGGUCCCCCACCCAGGCAGCUUCAACCGCCCUCGAACCACCUUCUCCCCCCGGGCCCCCCGGGGCCCAAAGACCUGUCCCCCGCACAGCAGCUGCAGCAGCUGGCCGCGCAGCAACAGAGAGCGCAGCACCUCCAUGGACAGAUGCAGCACAAGCAGCAACAGCCAGGGGCCAAGUUCCACAAUCAGGGGCCCCAUGCGCACCCCCCGCCUUGGCCCCAGAUGGCCAACCCCUCUCAGAGCCCACUAGGGGGCGCGUUUGGUAUGGACAAGCCGACAAGCCCAUCUCUGUACCCGCAGGACUUUAACCCCAACAUGCAAAAGCAGCUGCUGAUGCCCGGUCAGCCCAACAAAGGUUCUCCCAAAGCGGGGGCCGGCGGCUACAUGCCGGGGCCCGCCGGACACGCCAACAUAAUGGGUCAUCCGACGUUGGGGCCGCCGCUCAAUCACCCGCCGGCACAAGGUGGCGCUCAGGCCUCGGCCGCCAUACUGAACUACAACAACACCAAACCUUUGUCACACUUUGAGGCCGGCCCCGGGCCCCCGCGGCUCCCCAACACCCAGAGCCAGAACAAGGCGGCGCUGCUGACGCUGCUCCGACAGCAGCAGCAGAUCAAACAGAAGAACAACAUGAACUUCCGCCAGCACAUACCGCACACACAGGACCAGAAUCCCUACCCUGCCCCUCCACAUGGCCCGGGCCCCGCCAACGCCAUGGCGUCUGCGCCCGGGAACAACGCCAUGACGGCCCAGCCGGGGGCAAACGCCAUGGCGGGUAACCACGGUAACGCAGCGUACCUGAGCAGCCAGGCGGCGGUGGCGGCGGCGCUGAAGCAGCAGCAGCAGCACCAGCAGCAGAUCCUGGAGCAGCAGAAGCAGCAGUACCUGCAGAGACAGCAGCUCAUGGCCGAACAGGAGAAGCAGCGGCAGCAGGACCAGCAGCUGCAGAGACACCUGACCCGACCGCCGCCACAGUACCAGGACCAGCCGGGACAACCGGCCAAUCAGAACCCUUUCCCACAGCCGUCAGUCAACCAGUUUACAGGUAUUUAGCAUU